AUGAGUGCAAUUCUCUCAGCAGACGAUUUGAACGAUUUCAUUUCUCCCGGGGUUGCUUGCAUUAAGCCCGUAGAAACACUGCCACAGAAAGAAUCCCAGUCAGAGAAUCCCUAUGAAGUGACAAAGGAAGACAAAAUCCAACCAGAAAAUCUCCCUCCUGCGCAGAUCUCGUUGACCGAUUGCCUUGCAUGCUCCGGAUGUGUCACGAGCGCGGAAGCCGUAUUGAUCUCCCUGCAAUCGCAUGCAGAAGUUCUGAAUACCCUCGACGCGUACCCGGAAUUUCGAUUGAGCAACGAAAGUGGUCAGGAUGAUAUCAAGACAACCGAGACGGCUGAUAGUGAGAGCCGUGUGUUUGUUGCCAGUGUAAGCCCUCAGGUAAGGGCUAGCCUGGCAACUACAUACGGUAUCUCAGAGAGGGAGGCGCAAUGUAUGAUUGAUCAGUUCCUCAGUGGUUCUCAGGGUCUCAGGGCUGGCGGUAAAUUCCACAAUGGAUUCGCCUGGGUGGUUGACACGAACACCAUGCGAGAAGCCGUGUUAGCGCUGACCGCGGAUGAAGUCGCCAACUCGUUGACAUCUAUUGAUCCGCUCAACACUCUUCCGAAGCGACCAAUCCUAUCAUCUGCCUGCCCUGGAUGGAUUUGUUACGCCGAGAAAACACAUCCUUUCAUCCUUCCUCAUUUGUCUCGUCUCAAGUCUCCGCAGGCCUUGACCGGCACACUUCUGAAGUCAGUGUUGAGUAAAGCACUUGGCAUUUCGCCCACUCGGAUAUGGCAUCUCGCAAUCAUGCCGUGCUUCGAUAAGAAGCUCGAAGCAAGUCGCGAAGAGCUCACGGAUAGUGCAUGGGGGCCGACGCCUUCUGAACCACACACCCCUGUCCGCGAUGUCGAUUGUGUCAUCACUAGUCGUGAGCUUCUCACACUGGCGGCAUCCAGAGGGAUCUCACUCCCAAGAUUACCACUGAAACCUUUGCCGAGAUCCUAUUACUCUCCAUUCCCCGAUCGGUCCUUGGACUCAUUUCUCUUCUCAAAGCGCUCAUCGGGCCAAACGGCCGCAUCGGGAACUUCUGGAGGCUACCUUCACCAUGUCCUCACAACAUUCCAAGCUAAGAAUCCUGGUAGUCAAAUCGUGACGCAGCGGGGGCGGAACGCCGAUGUAGUGGAGUAUGUGCUCAUGUCUCCUGGAGGUGAGCCUCUUUUGAAAGCGGCUCGGUACUAUGGCUUCAGAAACAUUCAAAAUCUUGUCAGAAAGCUGAAGCCUGCACGUGCGUCGAGGCUUCCGGGCGCCAGGCAAUCUGCGACUUCAGCAGGUGGAAGUCGACGACAGCUGGCCUCGCGAAAUGCAGCCUCAGCCGGGUCGGGCACUGAUUAUGCAUAUGUGGAAGUAAUGGCUUGUCCCGGUGGUUGUACCAAUGGCGGUGGACAAGUGAGAAUAGAGGACGCACGGGAAGCUGCCUCGAACAUGUCGGUUGAAUCCCAGACCGAACCACCCGAGGCUGCACUGAAGCCCACGCCCCAUGAACAGCGAGCUUGGCUUGCUCGGGUCGACGAGGCAUAUUACUCUGCAGAUUCGGACUCUGAAGUUCCUGCGACGAGCGAACCAGCAUCUGUCAUCUCAAGGGAUGCCGAGAUCCAUGGGGUUUUGCAGCAUUGGUCAGAGUAUAUGAACAUCCCCCUCUCCAAGUUGGCAUAUACGUCGUAUCGCGAGGUGGAGAGUGACGUUGGCAAAACCCAGACCGGUCCGAACGAUACUGCCCGUGUUGUCGAAUUGGCCAGUAAGAUCGGUGGCGGCUGGUGA